GCUACGGUGAGCUCGCCCUAAGGGUGAAAGAAGGACCCCAACUUUCAGCUAUGAGUCUUUUCCUUUGACCGCUACACCCACUGUUGGCUGAACUAAUCUUUAACAUCUGCUCCCAGGCAUCAACAACAGGAACUGCUCUCCCAGGAACCGGACACUGAUGUGGUAGGCACUGCAAAACCUGGCAGGAAAAGAAAACGCAUGGAUGCCAGCAGUGCCACCAAGAGGAGGAAGCUCGAAGAGCCUGAUAUUGCACCUAAAAAAACAGGUGAGCCGCGCGUGAUGCUACUCUGCGGUGCUGAUGUGCUGGAAUCAUUCGGUGUGCCGGGGCUGUGGAAGCCUCAGCACAUCGAGGAGAUUGCCAGCACAUUUGGACUGGUGUGCAUCACCCGCGGCGGAUCGGAUGCGGAAGCCUUCAUACAGGGCUCCGACCUCCUCUUGCCACACCGCAGCAACAUCCACGUGGUGCAGGAGUGGGUGGCCAACGAUGUGUCGGCCACUCGCAUCCGCCACGGGCUGCGGUGUGGCCACAGUGUCCGCUACCUUCUGCCCGACCCGGUGCUCGGCUACAUUCAGGAGCGGCAGCUGUACAAUGCGGAGAGUGAGCAGAGGAACGAAGGGGUUGUGCUGGCUCCUCUCCAGAAAUGUGCAAGAACGCAGGAGUAAGCACAACCCCCCUCUGCCACUCUGCCCUCCUGUAGCCUCGUCAACUUGCCAUUUCCAUCUUCCCAUUGGUUUGGAAUCCCCUUAAUGCAUCACCAAGAGGAGGAAGCUUGAGGAGGCAGAGAUUGCACCCAAGGGGCCACCUCAAAAAACAGGUAUCAAUCAAAACUUCCCCUUGCACAGUCCCCUUGUUUCCUUCUAUCCAUCUUCAGCCCACUUAUCCUGGCCUGGGACUGGUAUCCCAUCCUGGAUAUGCUCCUCUUUGCACCCUCUGCUGCCUGAAAUAGGACCCCCCCCCCACCGAUACCAUGACUUUACGGUGGGGAUUAGUGGUUUGUAAAGAUGGAAUUUGGUGGACACCGGUGGUCAGAGAUGCUGUCAAGCUGAAGAAGGAGUCCUAUUGGGCCUUUCUGGCCUGUGGGACUCCGGAGGCAGCUGAUGAUUACCAGCGGGCCGAGCGGGACGCGG